GCAAAUAAACUGUUGCAGAAUAAUUUAUCUUCGAUUGCUUAAAACCCUAGCAGCAGCAGCAGCAGCCUCUGCAGUUCCGGCAUCUCGCAGCGGCGGAGACAUGGCAGUCGGGAAGAACAAGCGAAUCUCAAAGGGUAAGAAGGGAGGUAAAAAGAAGACCGUGGAUCCCUUUUCCAAGAAGGAUUGGUACGAUAUCAAAGCCCCAUCAAUUUUCACUGUGAGGAAUAUUGGGAAAACUCUUGUGUCGAGGACGCAGGGAACCAAGAUAGCCUCCGAAGGUCUCAAGCACAGAGUAUUUGAGAUCUCUCUGGCAGACCUUCAGAAUGAUGAAGAUCAAGCUUACAGAAAGAUUAGGCUUCGUGCAGAAGAUGUGCAAGGCAAGAAUGUCCUCACAAACUUCUGGGGCAUGGAUUUUACUACUGAUAAACUCAGGUCCCUAGUUCGCAAGUGGCAAACUCUCAUUGAGGCACAAGUAGAUGUGAAGACCACCGACAACUACACCAUGAGGCUAUUUUGUAUCGCAUUCACAAAAAGACGCCCUAAUCAGGUCAAGCGCACUUGUUAUGCUCAGUCCAGUCAGAUCAGACAGAUUCGUCGAAAAAUGAGAGAGAUAAUGAUAAACCAAGCAUCGUCCUGUGAUCUAAAGGAACUGGUGCAAAAAUUCAUUCCCGAGGUGAUUGGCAAGGAGAUUGAAAAGGCGACGACAAGUAUUUACCCGCUUCAGAAUGUGUUUAUUCGAAAAGUUAAGAUUUUGAAGGCUCCAAAAUUUGAUCUUGGGAAGCUCAUGGAGGUGCAUGGUGAUUACAAGGAAGAUUUGGGUGUCAAGCUUGAUAGGCCUGUAGAGGAUGUUUCUAUGGAAGGUGAAGCUGAGGUUGUUGGAGCUUAAUUUAAUUAUAUAUAAUUUUUAAAAUUAUGAAAAUAAAAUAUUUGUUUGAUUGCAAAUGAUAUUCCAACGUUAUGUGCUGAACUAAAAUGCAGUUUUGUUUUCCCCCAACCUUUUUUUUAUAUGUUUAUAUUGUCUGAUGCUUGCAUUUCUGAUUAUAAUUUUAUUGGUUAAUUGGCAGACA